AGCCGGUGAUGACGACAUAUUUCCGCGACCUGUAGUUCCUGUCGGGCUGUGUCUUUUAAUGUUAAAACUAGAGAUGCCCUUAAACUAAAAAGGUAUAUAGUUAAAACCAGCACCACUGGGUUUUCUUAAAUUGCGCCAUUUAACAGCAAUAAACAUCUCAACUCGAUGAACGUUUGCAAGAAGUCGUAACACGUGAGUGAAAGGCUAGUUAGCUUCGUCGCUAAUUCACGUGCUCUUUUACUACAGUCUGUAGCUACAAUAGUGACCCAUUUUAACUGCAGCUGCUCGUAUGGCUGGCAGCAGGAUUAAACUGGAGCUGUCUCGGGUGGUUCAGGGAAGAAGUCGGCUGGGUGUCUUGAAGGGACUCGGCAGGACGGGACAGCAUUCCUUGGAGGUCCCGGGGUGUCUGCUGUACACACACUUUGGCACAGUCCCCCACCUCACUCAGGACACGCUGCACACCCUGAGCAACCUCUCCUCUGUCACUCAGGUCACUCUGUCCAAUAUAGCAGAACACCAGGAGGUGUUGGAGGAAUUUAAGGAUGGAUUCAAGAAGUUUGCAGGUCUUCAUGAUACUGUGUUGUACUGCUCGCUUCACGACCCUGCAGCCCCCUGCCCGCCGGGUUAUACCACUAACAAGACGGUGUCAGUGUGGGGCAGCGGUGGGCGGAUAGAGCUGACUGUGGCCAAGUUCAUGGCUCUCCAGAAGACCGUGCGGCCAGACUGGUACCAGAGCAUGGCAGACGGAGAGACGUGGCACAGCAACACCUCUCGUAAACGGGUUCGAAAGUCUGUGGAUCGAACUCUUGCCCACUUGGACGAGUGUCUGCUGGUGCACCAAAACUCACAGGAGUUACAGGGAGUGGAGGUGUUCGGCGUGGUGGAGGGAGGAGACAUCCUGGAAGAGAGGGUGCGCUCGGCCAGGGAGACAGCCAAAAGGCCCGUGGCAGGAUUCUGCCUGGACGGCCUCCAGACGGGCUCCAUGGACCAGGCCCUGAGGACCCAGCUCAUCGCUGCCAUGACCAAAGAGCUGCCCGAAGACAAACCCAGGCUGCUGCAGGGUGUAGGACGACCUGAUGAGGUGCUGGCCUGCGCCGAGGCUGGUGUGGACCUGUUUGAGAGUUUCUUCCCGUUCCAGGUGACGGAGCGAGGCUGCGCUCUUUGUUUCAGCUUCGACAUCUCACCGGACCCGGAGCGCGCAGGUAGAGCGUCCCCUGCAGUGCUGGAGCUGAACGAUGAUGAAAAGUGCACAGCAGGCGAGACGCAGGCGAAUGGAGAUGUUACGCUUGAUGAUCAAACCCAGAUGACAUCCUUUGAAAUCAAUCUGAAAGACAAGAGGUACCAGGACGACUUCAGGCCCCUGGUGGGGGGGUGUGGCUGCUACUGCUGUCAGAACCACCAGAGGGCAUACCUGCACCACCUGCUGGUGACCAAUGAGCUGCUGGCCGGAGUCCUGCUCAUGAUCCACAACACAGCCCACUAUAACGGCUUCUUCAGCGCCCUGAGAGAGGCUAUUGCCAACGAUAAACUGGAUCUCCUAAAGAGACGGGUACUUGGGGAGAGAGUUGGGCAGACAGAGAGAAAGGAAUAAGACGGACAAAUCAGAAAGAUAGCAGAGGGAUUGAUCUUGCUCCUCCUCCGAAGGAUUACUGGACUGACUUUCCAAAGGCAAUGAAAACUCUUCCCAGUGCAGUUAGAGGAUGAACUUUGAUGCUGCAGAGUCCUUGACACUGAGUCACUCAUAUAUAUUGCUAAAGUCAUGUCUCUCCAGCAUGUUCAAAAGCGGGGGAUUGAAAGAGAAAAGAGGAGCAGAUAAAAUGAUGUUGGGAUGUUGAUUUCUGUGCCUUUUAGCUUUGUGUCCUAGUUUCACAUCAGGAGGACCGCUCCUGUUAAGCUUGUGUAUUGAUCUGAGCAGAUAGGGUCAGGUGUCUGAAGAGGGAAAGGAGCUGGAUAAGAAGUCAAGAGGAAUUUGCAUAAAAAAAUAAAGAAAGAAAUGUGAGGAUGGAUGGUGGUGGACUAUCGACUAUGACCGACUCCCUGUGUUCCUCCUGCUGUGGCCUGAUUGCAGGUCAGCAGAUGACUAAUGUCCUCUGGACUCAUUGACACAGCAGCAUGGACCAGAGGGAGAACCAGCCAGGGUGACCAGGGACAAAAAAUUACCAAAAUAGAUCAUGCUUUUCUGCUUUUAUACAUUAAAAAGUCAUGUGUCAUUUAAGUUA